CCCUUCCAGUUGCCCCCGGUGGUUCAUUUCCUCGCGGCGACGGCCACACUCACAGAUUUCAGCAGAAGCUUACAGAAUCCAAAAGCCCCUCCCACCCAGAUAUUGUGGUGCCUGAAUUAUUUAAGGAAAUAUCAGAGCGAAAAUGAGUGUUGUUGGGUUUGAUUUUGGAAACGAGAAUUGCAUUGUCGCUGUGGCGAGGCAAAGAGGGAUUGAUGUUGUCCUCAAUGAUGAGUCGAAGCGUGAGACUCCAGCUGUUGUGUGCUUUGGUGAUAAGCAGCGGUUCAUUGGUACUGCAGGGGCCGCUUCAACCAUGAUGAACCCUAAAAAUUCAAUAUCCCAAAUGAAACGCUUAAUUGGUCGCCAAUUCUCAGACCCCGAACUGCAAAGGGAUAUAAAGUCUCUACCUUAUACUGUUACCGAAGGACCUGACGGGUAUCCUUUGAUCCAUGCUAGGUUUUUGGGAGAGAUGAGAACUUUUACCCCAACUCAGGUCAUGGGAAUGGUUUUAUCAAAUUUGAAAAGCAUAGCUGAGACGAAUUUGAAUGCAGCGGUAGUGGACUGUUGUAUCGGAAUUCCUGUUUAUUUCACAGAACUUCAGAGAAGGGCUGUUCUGGAUGCGGCCACAAUUGCAGGCUUGCAUCCACUGCACUUGAUUCAUGAGACAACAGCAACGGCAUUGGCCUAUGGUAUUUACAAAACAGACUUGCCAGAGAAUGACCAGCUGAAUGUGGCGUUCAUCGAUAUUGGGCACGCAAGCUUGCAAAUCUGCAUUGCUGGAUUUAAGAAGGGUCAGCUCAAAGUUUUGUCUCAUGCUUUUGAUCGCUCAUUGGGUGGGAGAGACUUUGAUGAAGUUCUUUUUCACCAUUUUGCUGCUAAGUUCAAAGAGGAGUACAAGAUUGAUGUUUUCCAGAAUGCCAGGGCUUGUCUCAGGCUCCGGGCUGCCUGUGAGAAGCUGAAAAAGGUUCUAAGCGCAAAUCCUGAGGCACCUUUGAAUAUUGAGUGCUUGAUGGAUGAGAAAGAUGUUCGAGGUUUCAUAAAGAGAGAAGAGUUUGAACAGAUCAGCAUCCCGAUCCUUGAGCGCGUUAAGAGGCCUCUAGAGAACGCCCUUGCUGAUGCAGGCCUUACUGUUGAGAAUGUACACAUGGUUGAGGUUGUUGGUUCUGGCUCUCGUGUUCCUGCUAUAAUCAAAAUCCUAACUGAGUUCUUUGGUAAGGAGCCUAGGCGCACAAUGAAUGCAAGUGAGUGUGUUGCAAGGGGCUGUGCCUUGCAAUGUGCAAUUCUCAGCCCAACAUUCAAAGUUCGCGAGUUCCAGGUCAAUGAGAGCUUUCCCUUUUCAAUCGCUUUAUCGUGGAAAGGAUCAACUCCUGAUGCUGAGAAUGGAGGGGCUGAGAAUCAGCAGAGCACUGUCGUUUUCCCCAAGGGAAAUCCCAUUCCCAGUGUCAAGGCUCUGACAUUUUAUCGGUCUGGCACAUUCUCUAUUGAUGUGCAAUAUGCUGAUGUGACAGACUUGCAGGCGCCUCCGAAAAUCAGCACGUACACGAUUGGUCCCUUCCAAUCAUCCAAAGGUGAGAGGGCAAAGCUUAAAGUAAAAGCAAGACUGAACCUCCACGGAAUUGUCUCUGUUGAAUCUGCAACUCUUCUGGAAGAGGAAGAAGUCGAAGUUCCUGUCACAAAAGAACAGGAGGAACCUACUAAGAUGGACACUGAUAAAGCUCCUGGAGAGACUGAUCCUGCUUCUGGCGGCUCUGAUGUUAACAUGCAGGAUGCGAAGGGAGCUGGUGAUGCAACAGGUGCUGAAAAUGGUGUUCCGGAGUCUGUUGAUAAGCCUGUGCAAAUGGAAACAGACAUGAAGACCGAGGCCCCGAAAAAGAAGGUGAAGAAAACAAAUGUCCCUGUGUCAGAAUUGGUUUAUGGUGCUAUGCAGUCAGUAGAUGUGCAGAAGGCCGUUGAGAAAGAAUUUGAGAUGGCUUUGCAAGACAGAGUUAUGGAGGAGACAAAGGACCGAAAAAAUGCUGUUGAGGCUUAUGUUUAUGACAUGCGUAACAAACUUAGUGACAAAUACCAGGAAUAUAUCAUUGAUUCAGAUCGGGAAGCGUUCUUAGCUAAGCUGCAGGAAGUGGAAGAUUGGUUGUAUGAAGAUGGAGAAGAUGAGACGAAAGGUGUUUAUGUCGCCAAGCUGGAGGAGCUAAAGAAGGUCGGUGACCCUGUGGAAGAGAGAUACAAGGAGUCAAUGGAGAGAGGGUCAGUAAUCGAUCAGCUUGUCUAUUGCAUAAACAGCUACAGAGAGGCGGCAAUGUCUAAUGAUCCCAAGUUUGACCACAUUGACUUGUCUGAAAAGCAAAAGGUUCUGAGCGAGUGUGUGGAAGCAGAAGCGUGGCUGAGGGAGAAGAAACAGCAACAAGACGGGCUUCCAAAGCAUGCUUCCCCAGUUCUCUUGUCGGCUGAUGUCAGGAAGAAGGCCGAGGCGUUGGACAGGGUGUGCAGGCCGAUAAUGACGAAAGCAAAGCCGGCAAAACCAACGACCACCCAGGAGAAGGAGACACCACCGCAGGCACCGGAGGAUGAGAAGAGGACGGAGGAGAAUAACGAUGAAGCAAUGGAAGCUGAGGACAACACUCCUCCUCCUUCAGCCACCCCUUAAGAACUGCCUGCCUCCUUUUGUAUCGAUUUUUGAUGUACUUUCCUCGUUUUGCUUUUUGCAUCAUGUUUUUCUUCACUCUCAUCUCGGAUUUUUUUUUUCAUAUAUUAUCCUUCUCUUUAAAAAAAAUCAUGAUAUGGUCGGAGAUAUUGUUUUGAUUAUUGAUUGUAAUACGCGGAUUGGUCAUCUCUGCUUUUUUU